GAAAACAAUAACAUUGACAAAAUUUGAUGUGUUACUUUGACAGAUUAAUAAAAAGAAAAUGCCAUUAAAGGGUCAGACUGUGUCGGUGAUUCAGCCAUGUUAUGACGGACAAGUGUUGCCAAUAGCACACCAUGUGGUAGCAGAGGGGUUGGCACUACUGUCUAUCAAGACUGGGCACGACGACUGCAGGUUGGUGCGAGACUCACAGUCCAAACUGACAACACUGAAUUGUGUGCAGGGCAUGAAGGCCCGUAAUUCCUUUUGGAACCUACACAAACCGGAAUUAAGAAAAAUAAAGGGAUUUGAUGGCAUUACAACAAACAAUGUGAUAGAACUGCUGAAUAAUCAUAACGUUGAAAACAGGGGUUUGAAGUCUUACAAGAAAAUGGUUGUGAGCAAGUUAGAAUCGAUACUAAACAAGAAAUCAAAACCUCUGGCUCAAACUCAAGUUCUGGUACCGAACGUCUCAUGGCCAAUCAGCGGAUGCGUCCUGGCUUCCAUCUUUCAAGAAACAGAGAUGGGCAACCCUGAAAUUUUGAGGGGGGAAAACAUUGAGAAGCAAAUACAAUCUAAUAAUGAUUUUCAAACCAAUGUCUCAAUAUCAGGUAAUGAUAGUAAAGAACCCUUGCUUAUAUCUCUUCAUUCCACAAACCUAUGCGGAAACCUGUCUGACAAUUUUAUCCCAGCAAGAGAACUCUUAAUCCCAUCUGGAGAGGAUUGUUCGAGGACAAUAAGUUCUUCAAACCCAGUAAAUGAUUCACAUGAAGUUGAUUCAUCCCAACUAGUUGUGUCUUCUGGCAUUCUACUAGAGAGUAAACUAUCUCAACAUCAAAUUUCAAUUCCUUCGGAAAUUCAAUCAUGCAAGGUUAAUUGUGCUGUUACAACAAAUGAAGUUGACAUACUGGUAACCAAGAAUGACCAUGAACUGGACAUCUACCAAGUUUUUGAUAAUGUUGUAAAUAGUGACAAAGUUGAAACAUCAUCGAUGGAGGUUCAGUCUUUAUUAUCAGAUCUAUGUCAACAUAUAGAAGAUAUUAAAGACGUCAUUAAUUCCUAUAUGUCUUCGUUCUACACCCAAGAAGAGGAACAUGACAACUACCCAAAUGUGUACACACCUCAAAAAGAAGUUGCUGCUUAUUUUGUUGAAUGUUUAUCGAAGGAAAACAGUAGUGAUCAAAUAGUAACUGGUGCAUUCUAUGAAAAAGAGUUAUCUGGAGUUGAUCAAACUGAUGUCUUGCAGAAUGUAGUUGAAAAUCAUAUCAUUUACGAGAAUGAAGAUGAAACCCCCAGUUACUGCUAUUGGAAUGAAACCAAUCUAGAGAAUGAUCUUGUAGCUAACAUAGGCGUAGCCGAUUUAAACAAAUCAGAAGAAGUCAAAACGAGUGCCAUAGUGGCAACAGAAUUUGUCGAAAAAACAUGGACAGAGUUCAUAAAUAAUGUCGAAACACACGCUGUUCUUGAAGAUUUAGUAAAUCAAAACGAAACAACAAAAUCUGCGCACGAAAUGCCAAACUACAUGAAUGGUUUCUGGGCUAACAUGUACGACCAUUGUAUCUUCCAGGAAGCUGAACAUGUUGUUUAUACUCUUGACAGUCUUCUGAAGAAUGGGAUUUUUCCUUUGGAUGAAGCCAAUAACGCUGCAUACAUACCUUGCAAGAUUGUGGAGCUUGACGAUGAAGAGGAUUUUACUGUGAUUGAAGAAGAAGCAUACAAACAAGAUGGCUCAGACAGAAGUUUAACAAAGAAUAAAGAACAUCAAGCGAAUCGUCAGGAUGGAUUAUAUGAUAAUGUAAAUUAUAAUGCUCAUGACAAUCUCCUGAUGAAUGACAUUUUUCGUUUGGUUGAUGCCAGAAAGACUGCAGACAUGUCUUGCAGAAUUGUGGAGUUUGAUGAAGAUAAGCAUUUUACUGUGUUAGAAGAAAAGGCACAAAAACAAGACAACGGUUUAGCAAGGAAUAACGAACAUCAAGCGAAUCAUCAGGGUGGAUCAUAUGAUUGUACAAACGAAAAUCCUCAUAAUCUUGACAGUCUGUUGAUGAAUGAAAUUUUUCCUUUGGAUGAAGCAAAAAAGGCUGCAGACCUCCCUUACACAUUUGUGGAGAUCGAUGAAGAAAGGCAUUUUACUGUGAUAGAAGAAAAGGCACAAAAACAAGACAACGGUUUAACAAGGAAUAACGAACAUCAAGCGAAUCAUCAGGGUGGAUCAUAUGAUUGUACAAACGAAAAUCCUCAUAAUCUUGACAGUCUGUUGAUGAAUGGAAUUUAUCCUUUGGAUGAAGCCAAAAAGGCUGCAGACCUCCCUUGCACAUUUGUGGAGAUUGAUGAAGAAAGGCAUUUUACUGUGAUAGAAGAAAAGGCACAAAAACAAGACAACGGUUUAACAAGGAAUAACAAACAUCAAGCGAAUCAUCAGGGUGGAUCAUAUGAUUGUACAAACGAAAAUCCUCACAAUCUUGACAGUCCGUUGAUAAAUGGAAUUUUUCCUUUGAAUGAAGCCAAGAAUGCUGCAGACAUCUUUUGCAGAAUUGUGGAGUUUGAUGAAGAAAGGUAUUUUACUAUAUUAGAAGAAAAGGUGCAAAAUCAAGACAGCAGUUUAAUAAGGAAUAACAAUCAAGCAAAUCAUCAGGAUGAAAUACAAGGAACUAAUGAUAAAAAUGGAACUAUUACGUCAGAUGGAACUGAAGCAGAAGAAACUAUCUUGGGAAACAAAAACAAAGGGAUGCACUCUGAGCCAUUUUUCCAUCAGGAAAAAGUAAAUGUGAAUGAAGUAGAAUCGUCUAGGGAACCUGACUAUAAAGUAGUUCUGGAAUCUGUUAACCACCAAGGAAAGGUAGAUUUCUUGACACAAACAGUAACGGAGAUAAAAGAAAAAGACAAAAACGAAACUUACUAUGGUAUAGUUCGGAAAGAACAGCCGGACCAAGACUGUGCGGAUGGGCAAAAUAUAUCAGCAUUAGACAUAAGUUAUGAAAAGGUAAACAUACAAAAUACCGGUAAUCUAGACGAAGAAAAUCCUGUUUCGGGAUAUUCCAUGUUCGAGAGGAUCAAGGAAUUGAACAACGCUGGUAUAUCAAAUUCUUCUUUUCUUUUUUCAUCACCUACUACUGAACUCAACUUGACAAAUCCCAACAUUAGCAGGAAGUAA